CCAGUGCAGAGAGGAGCGGAGAAGGCAGCGCUCAGCCCUGCAGCCAGCUCCAGCCUCCCACCCCACCGACCUCCGUCCGCCCCUUCGCCUGCCCUCCAGCUGGCCCUGCCACCAUGGGGAGAGGGGCAGGGCGGGAGUAUUCGCCGGCGGCCACCACCUCCGAGAAUGGGGGUGGCAAGAAGAAGCAGAAGGAGAAGGAGCUGGAUGAGCUGAAGAAGGAGGUCAAUUUGAACGAUCACAGGCUGUCCCUGGAUGAAGUGGGCAGGAAGUACGAAGUGGAUCUGUCCAGGGGCCUGACCAACGCCCGGGCGGCUGAGAGCCUGGCACAGCAUGGCCCCAAUGCCCUCACGCCCCCACCCACCACCCCUGAGUGGGUCAAGUUCUGUCGCCAGCUCUUCGGGGGUUUCUCCAUCCUGCUCUGGAUCGGUGCCCUCCUUUGCUUCCUGGCCUACAGCAUCCAGGCUGUCAUGGAGGACGAGUCUUCCAACGACAAUCUCUACCUGGGCGUGGUGCUGGCGGCUGUGGUCAUCGUCACUGGCUGCUUCUCAUACUACCAGGAGGCCAAGAGCUCCAAGAUCAUGGACUCCUUCAAGAACAUGGUGCCACAGCAAGCCCUGGUGAUCCGCGAGGGCGAGAAGAUCCAAAUCAACGCGGAGAACGUGGUGGUUGGGGACCUGGUGGAGGUGAAGGGCGGGGACCGGGUCCCGGCUGACCUGCGCAUCAUCUCGUCCCAUGGCUGCAAGGUGGAUAACUCCUCCCUGACGGGCGAGUCAGAGCCACAGACCCGCUCCCCGGAGUUCACCCACGAGAACCCGCUGGAGACCCGCAACAUCUGCUUCUUCUCCACCAACUGCGUGGAAGGCACCGCUCGGGGCAUCGUCAUCGCAACAGGCGACCGGACGGUGAUGGGGCGCAUCGCCUCGCUGGCCUCGGGGCUGGAGGUGGGUCGCACUCCCAUUGCCAUGGAGAUCGAGCACUUCAUCCACAUCAUCACGGGCGUAGCCGUCUUCCUGGGCCUCUCCUUCUUCAUCCUCUCCCUCAUCCUGGGCUACACCUGGCUGGAGGCCGUCAUCUUCCUCAUUGGCAUCAUCGUCGCCAACGUCCCAGAGGGGCUCCUGGCCACCGUCACGGUGUGCCUGACGCUGACGGCCAAGCGCAUGGCGCGCAAGAACUGCCUGGUGAAGAACCUGGAGGCGGUGGAGACGCUGGGCUCCACCUCCACCAUCUGCUCAGACAAGACGGGCACCCUUACGCAGAACCGCAUGACCGUGGCCCACAUGUGGUUUGACAACCAGAUCCACGAGGCUGACACCACUGAGGACCAGUCUGGUGCCACCUUUGACAAGCGCUCGCCCACCUGGGCAGCCCUGGCCCGCAUUGCUGGCCUCUGCAAUCGUGCCGUGUUCAAGGCAGGCCAGGAGAACGUCUCCAUCUCCAAGCGGGACACGGCAGGCGAUGCCUCAGAGUCAGCCUUGCUCAAGUGUAUCCAGCUCUCAUGCGGCUCUGUCAAGAAGAUGCGGGACAAAAACCCCAAAGUGACCGAGAUCCCCUUCAACUCCACCAACAAGUACCAGCUCUCCAUCCACGAGCGGGAGGACGACCCUGAGGGCUACAUACUGGUGAUGAAGGGGGCCCCCGAGCGCAUCCUGGACCGCUGCUCCACCAUCCUGCUGCAGGGCCAGGAGCUGCCCCUGGACGAGGAGAUGCGCGAUGCCUUCCAGAAUGCCUACCUGGAGCUGGGCGGGCUGGGCGAGCGCGUGUUGGGCUUCUGCCACCUCUACCUCCCCAAUGACCAGUUCCCACGCGGGUUCAAGUUCGACUCCGACGAGGUGAACUUCCCCAUCACCAACCUCUGCUUCGUGGGGCUUAUGUCUAUGAUCGACCCGCCCCGGGCAGCUGUGCCUGACGCGGUCGGCAAGUGUCGCAGCGCCGGGAUUAAGGUGAUCAUGGUGACUGGUGACCACCCCAUCACAGCCAAGGCCAUUGCCAAGGGCGUGGGCAUCAUCUCCGAGGGCAACGAGACAGUGGAGGACAUCGCUGCCCGUCUCAACAUCCCUGUUAGCCAGGUCAACCCCAGGGAGGCCAAGGCCUGCGUGGUGCACGGCUCUGACCUCAAGGACAUGACAUUGGAGCAGCUGGACGAGCUCCUCAAGAACCACACAGAGAUCGUCUUUGCCCGCACCUCCCCACAGCAGAAGCUUAUCAUCGUGGAGGGCUGCCAGCGCCAGGGCGCCAUCGUGGCGGUGACGGGGGAUGGUGUGAAUGACUCGCCGGCGCUGAAGAAAGCCGACAUCGGCAUCGCCAUGGGCAUCGCUGGCUCUGACGUCUCCAAGCAGGCAGCUGACAUGAUCCUCCUGGAUGACAACUUUGCCUCCAUUGUCACCGGUGUCGAGGAAGGCCGCCUGAUCUUCGACAACCUCAAGAAAUCGAUCGCCUACACACUGACCAGCAACAUCCCCGAGAUCACGCCCUUCCUGCUCUUCAUCAUUGCCAACAUCCCUCUGCCCCUGGGCACCGUCACCAUCCUUUGCAUUGACCUGGGCACUGAUAUGGUCCCUGCCAUCUCGCUGGCCUAUGAGGCGGCUGAGAGCGACAUCAUGAAGCGGCAGCCACGCAACCCCAAGACGGACAAGCUGGUGAACGAGCGGCUCAUCAGCAUGGCCUAUGGGCAGAUCGGCAUGAUCCAGGCGCUGGGCGGGUUCUUCACCUACUUUGUGAUCCUGGCCGAGAACGGCUUCCUGCCCUGCACACUGCUGGGCAUCCGCCUGGACUGGGAUGACCGCUCCACCAAUGACCUGGAGGACUCCUACGGGCAGGAGUGGACCUACGAGCAGCGCAAGGUGGUGGAGUUCACGUGCCACACGGCCUUCUUCGCCAGCAUCGUGGUGGUGCAGUGGGCUGACCUCAUCAUCUGCAAGACCCGCCGCAACUCUGUCUUCCAGCAGGGCAUGAAGAACAAGAUCCUGAUCUUUGGGCUGCUGGAGGAGACAGCGCUGGCCGCCUUCCUGUCCUACUGCCCUGGCAUGGGCGUGGCGUUGCGCAUGUACCCACUCAAGGUCACCUGGUGGUUCUGCGCCUUCCCGUACAGCCUACUGAUCUUCGUCUACGAUGAAGUGCGGAAGCUGAUUAUCCGGCGGUACCCAGGCGGCUGGGUGGAGAAAGAGACGUACUACUGAGCCCCAGCCAGGGCGGCCACACCGAGCCUCCCUGUGGCCUGGGGAGCUCUGGAUCGGGACCGCCUGGCAGCUUUGGGGUGGGGUGGGGCUGGGGGGGUCCGCAUCGCACGCUGUCCUGUAGAUUAACUUGUAACCUUUCACCAUAGGCACUAACCCCGCUGGGACGGGACGGGAUGGGGCAGGGCUCCCCCAGGGCCCUCACCCCUGAGGGGGCAGCUUGGAGGGGCAGGGGGAAGGGUGGGCACAGGGGUGUGAGGAGGGAGCCAUGGCACAAGUGUAGUCCCCAGGACUCAGUUCUGCCCUGCUCCUGCAAGGCCCCAUGGUGCAGCAGCCCUGAGCCAGGGUUGGGGGAGUAGGGGGCACCUGGAGUCCUGGUUCAGGGGGGAAGCCAGGGCAGGAUGGGGCCCGGCAGCCUCUGGCCCCACCCGGACACUGGCAAGGACAGGUCAGUGCCCAUGCCAGGGCUGUGUCCCUGCAAUCUGUUCUGGGCAUCAGGAGUGGGGGCCCAGUCCCUGCACUGGGGGAGGAGGUGAUGGGGGGGACAGGGCCCUGAUCCCUGCUCUGGGGGGCUGGGAGGGGGCCAGCCCUGGUCCCCACUUUGGGGGACAGUGGGGAGGGCUGGGACCCCAGGAGCCGGCACCUUGUAGGUUUGGAGAGAUGCAAUAAAAAUCCUGUAACCGA